AUGUUCCACACCGAUGUUAUGAGCUCCACGACUGAGAACCUUUCGUCUCUUAUUUCAAACUGUGUUACGGCGAAAAGCUUGAAGCAUGCCAAAGCCUUGCACUCUCACAAAACCGCUCUUUUCUUUGGCGCUUUUCUCGCCAAUGGACUCAUCGAUUUGUAUUCCAAAUGUGGCUGCUUAGAGAGUACCCACAAAGCCUUUGAUGAUCUUCCCAAUAAGACAACACGUUCGUGGAACACACUGCUCUCUCUUUACUGCAAAAGAGGAGUUUUCAAUUAA